GCACGAGCACGAGCAUCUAGUAACCGCAAUUGGUAAAGCGGUCGUCGCGUUUGCGUUUCGCCGCCACUCAAUAUCUGAAAUCAAAACUCACAUUAGUAUCUGUCGAUACGAAUAACCAAAAUCGAAACCAAAAGUGUUAGUUUACUGCGAGCCACAUGAACAGCGAUUAAUGUUUAUAGGUAUCACGAGCACACAAGAUGGAUACCAAAAACGUUGCGCCCAAUAGACCCAUAGAUGGGACGAAAUUUCUUGAGUUGUUGACAACAGUAUCAUUGAACGAGGUGCUCAGAUUUGAGUUUCGCAACAGUCCGUCGCAAAAAUGGGAAACCAUGGUGUUUCAACAAGAUGAAGGCAGGAAGUACCAAUGCAACUUCUGCAGUGUCGUACAAUGGGGGGAAAAAAACCUGUUCAGCCACCUGAGUGGUAAAAAACACAACACACAAAUGAUCAGUAUUCCACAAUUGCAAAUAAGAAUUAAGUCACCCGGUGUCCCGAAGCAAGCUGCCGGUAACAACAACAGAAUCAACUCUCCCUCCGUUUCGAAGAAUCCGAAUCCUUCCAACAUUAAUAAGCCAUUAAACAAAAAUGUUAACAACGCGGUCAAGCCAGCAGCUGGAAAUUCAGCUCAAAAGGAAGCUACCCCAAAUGCUAGUGGUGGUGGUGGUAAUAACCAAGCAAACAAGACUCUUCAGAGUCCGGGCAUGAAAAAGGGACCCAACACUAAUAAGAACACGGGAGGUUCGAGUAAUCCAGGGCAAAAAGCACAACCUCAAGUGAAACCUCAGUCCCAAGCAGGGAAACCAAAUCCACAGCAGAAAGCACAGUCCCAGCCACAGAGAGCACAGCCUCAGCAGAAAGCACAAGCCCCACAAAAAACCGCACAAGAUCAGACUAAGCCCCCACAGGGUCAACAACGAGCACAACAAGGCGAAACUGGAGGGCAACAAUCCAAUUCAAAGAAUUUACCAAACAUAGUGAAAAAUCCACUCGCCACUAAAAUAUCCUGUGUUCCACUGGCAAAUCUAAUCGGUGGCCCCGUAUCAAAUAAUGCCAGCAACAACGAUGUCAUCAUUAUAGAUGAGGAUCAGCCGGAAGAGGGUAACAAGAACUUGGCCGGUCCCAAGAACCAUAAACCCAAUCAAGUUGGUCCAACUCAAACAGCUCCGAAGCAAGCUGCUUCGAAUCAAGCAGCUACAAAGCAAGCUGCACCCAAUCAAGCAGCUGCAAAGCAAGCUACGCCCAAUCAAACAGCUUCCAAAAAAAAUAUGUCCAAUCAAGGUAGUCAAAAGCAUCCUAUGGCUAACCAGGCAGGUCCCAAACAGAAGCCUAACCCUCCAAAUCAGGCAGGAAGCAGAUAUCCUGUACCUGUUCAGAAAUUGCCGAACAAGAAUGCGGUGGGUUCUGCACGCCCCGUUCCCACCGAAAAGGUAAUAACGCCUUCGCCCUAUGGCGGCCCAUCUGUUCCUCGAUCAGCCCCGUCCUAUGCUGGUACAACGAAUAAACCAGGUAGCAUUACAUUUGAUUCCAAUUCUCAUCAAGACGAAAUUAUGAAACUUGUUGGAGUUGAGUAUGUUUUGAAAAUAGUGAGGAGUCUGAAUGACUUGAAUAUCCGCUAUCUAUGUUGUUUGUGCGAGAUUACCGUCACCGAGCAAUCGAUGCACAAUCAUUUGCUGGGCUACAACCACCGUCUGAAGUACUUCGACAAGCAUUAUCCCACUGCCAUGCGUCAGUAUCGGCAGUAUGUGUCCAAUGUGCCUGAAAGCGAUGUCUGCAAGAUAAUGAUGCCCAUUUUAGACAAGCUUGCUCUGGCUAUUGAGACGCAUCAUGGCCGAAAGACACCCCUCCAGUGCUAUGAACACUUCUUUGCCAAAGAUCGUCAGUCUCUGAUCUCCAAGGCCUUCAAUCGAUGGCAUGCUUCGGAAAAGGUGGGUCCUUCGUUUACGCAUGUCGUGGACGUGCAAGAAGUGGACGAGUUAAUAAUGAACGCUCGAAUCAGCACACAGGGUGUUAUGAACAUGGAGAACCCAAAUCCCUACAUGUGUCCAACGUUCGAGUCUCAGCCUCAAGCCCCGAAUUAUGCUGUGGGAUACCAGAACAUGAAUGUACCGAGCAGUGCUUCAUCGAGGACCGUAGAUGAUGAAACGCACAAGCGAAUGGUCGCGAACUUCCUUCGAGACACUCGACAAUCCUCGGGCGAUAAUCAAAAGUCCCGGGGCUCGAAGCGCUCCCGGUCCAAAUCACCGAAUCAAAGGAGUGGCAAGAGAGUGGCAACGAAUCCCAUGAAAAAUACGCUAUGGAAUCUCGACCGUUACUCGGUUUCUCCACUACGAGAUGGGGACAUAUGGCAGGCCUACCGUCACAUGGUCGACAUGAAGGUUCGUGAGCUGAACACCUCGUUCGUGACAUACAAGGCUGACCCGGAGCAGCAUCCAAAUUAUCAGACCGAGUGGCAAAUGUUUUGGAAACGUCGCAAGGACGAGCUUAUACUCGCCGGAAUCAAUCACCGUUCGUACAACUUUCAAAACGAAUGGAUUUAUUUCUUUAACAAUCGCCUUGAAGAACUCUAUGACCAGGAAAUUGAGAACAUCAAAAUAAAAUGCCGCGAACGGUUGUGCCUGCCAAUGACUAAUCAUGAAUUGCCUAAUAAGAAGUAUCAUGUCAAUGUUUCCGAGCCAGCUGCUGCCCCUGUAACUAACAACAACAAUCCAGUAGCUAAUAAAGACGUCCAGAAAAUGUCAGUCGAUGAGGAGCCGGUGGCUCCUCCGAAUGUUAUCCAUGUUCUGCGUCUUUUAACUGCCCUUGAGGAUUACCUUGGCAGUUUGGGGCCUUUUGUUACCGAAAUGCUGGCCAAAGCCUUGCAGAUCCAAAAACUUUAUCCAGAGCAAAUACAAAGCCUGACACUGACAACCGAGAAUUGUGCCAUCUUGGAGACGGCUAAAGAAAAAUUUACUGGUCUUUUGAUUUCGCAGAUCUAUGAUCCUGCCAAGGAGCGAGCUUUAAAGAAAGCUAUUAGUGAUACGGAACUUUUGCUUGAAGUGGCCCAUAAAUAUAACAAACCCAAAGAUACCUCCGUACUGCCUAUUAUUGAAAAGCAAAUACCGCCAAUUACAAACCGAAUUCAGCAAAACGUCGAAAAGCCGUUGGAUAAAACUGAAUUAGCAGCAAAGUUGGCAUCGUCAUUAGUAUCCCAGGGCAAAACAUCCAUUAAUCGCGAAGAAUUACAAAAAAUUCUUCAAGUUUAUACAAUGAUUGAGCAAAAGAAACGUCACGAUGUGGUUGAUACCCCUAACAAUUUUGGAAAUCAGAAGCCAAGCAACUCAGAAAACCACCUUCCCAGCAACUCGGGAAAUUGUCUUCCCAGCGAUUCGGGAAAUCGUUUACCCAGCACCUCGGGAAAUCACCAAUCAAGCAACUUUGGAAAUCAUCUCUCUAGCAACUCGGGUAAUCAUCUCCCCAGAGAUUCGGGAAAUUAUACCAGCAAUUUCUCGGGAAUUUCUGUGGCCCCAGAACGUUCCACCAUUUCCAACCCAAUCAACAAUGAUAGCUUGUUUGCACAACACUCAGAUAGAAAUUUAAAUGACGCAAACACUGCGAGCAAUGCGACCAGUAUGUAUACUGGUCAGAACUAUUCUUCAAAUGUGGCUCGCUUUAACAACCAAAACACUAACAGCAUAGCUAACACCACAAGCGCUUUUUCGGCUGAUCGUGGACCGUUUGGAUCCGGCGUAUUAUCGUCAUCAUCAUCAUCGUAUCAAAGCGGUCUUUUUGGCACUGGAACAUCGACAAUGAAUCCUACCAGCAGCGUUCUGCGUCAUGAUUUUACCACUUCGUCGCUUUUCAACUUCAAUACUAAUUUGAAUCCAACAUACAACAACAACAACACAAGCCGCAGGAAUUUCUAAAUGAUAAUGAUAAUGUUAGCUUAAAUAUCAAUUAUGAAUUAACACCUACCCUUAUUAUUUUAUAAUGAUGUAUCCCGCCAUUUAAAAAUAAUCUACAUACAU